AUGGAAUGCCCAGAUUCAACCAGUGCCGGAGGUGCAGAGUCUUCACAGAUUACUCCUCCGUCAAGCAACCCACACCCGACCCGUCUUCGUACGAUUAACGGAAUGCAGAUUUUUGAAAGGACCUUAAGCGAUAAGACCCACAAGCGCUUUCAUGAUGUUCUAGAACGGCUUGCUGAGCCUUUGGCUGCCUACCUUCGGAAAAGUCGCAAGGAAUAUCGACCCACGUCCAUCAGAUUGAUGUCUCUUGGAUAUGAUGAGAACUCUGUUUCGCCCUGGAUUGUCGUACUGUGUCCAGAUAAAGUCCAAAAAAGGGCAGAGAAGUUCUUUCAACAAGAGCUAGCGCGGCGUCUUUGUCAGCCUGAUGAGCCUGGACAAGAGCGCUUCCGAGUGACAGUCCUAGGUCAUCCACCUCGGCCAAAAUGCGCUGAGCAGCCCGACCAAGUCAGAAUAGCUUGCGCUCGAUUGAAAGAAGAUGAAAAGAGGUUAUGGUCGCCGCAGAUCAAGACGGAUCAUUGUGGAGUUACUCGCUAUGCUACAAUGGGGGGAUAUAUUGUGGUCAGCGAAUCUGAUGGCACACUGUCAAUAUACGGAUUGACAGCGGGCCAUCUGAUUGCCGAGGCUGAUCACAGUUGGCGGGGAGCUGGUGCAGGGUCCUGGGACGGCUCCGAAUCCUCCGCAGACGACAGUGAAUCUGAACAGGAAAGAAGCUCUCCAGAGAAGACGUCAAUUCGUGAAGUCAGGCAGCAUGAGGAAGACCCCACCUGGAUGGAUAUAGGCCGUUUAUCAGAUUACUCGUUCUCGCGCCAGGCUCGUGAUAGGGAUUGGGGGUUAAUUGAAGGAAUAGAGGCGUACGGGUUCUCAGACGAUAACGCCCAUGAUGUGAAUGAGAAAAUAGAGCUUGGGACCGCAGGAAAAGAGCGAGAAUUACUGAUUGGCUUCAACCACGAGGCCAGCCAUAAGUGCUUACUGUCAAAAUCUCCUACCAUGGUUAUUCUUCCGCAUGGGCACAGAUUUGUCUGGGCUCACACUUUAACACUUCAAUCAGUUGUCUCACCUCCAGGGUCCCCUUCUUCAGACAGAACGAUCACCGUGUACGGCCAGAUUGUUGCCGAUGAUGUAUUUGGACACGUCUAUAUGAUACCAUUGAGGGAUAUACUGCAUGACAUCACGCAAACAAUGCAAGUCGCAGCGGCCAGGCUACCAGUUUCGAUAUCCGAGAAAAAAGCUUUUGUUGGUUCUAAUGUGGAUCUCAGUUCCAGCAUCGAUUAUCAGCCAGAAGCACAGUCCGUUGCCACCACGGACCAUUUCGAUUUUCACACCGAGAGUUCGCAAGAGGCUAUACCACAAGCCUCAAAAGGCAAUUUACGGGAAGGCAUUGAAGAAGAUCUCUCGGAAUCUGAGCCAAAAGCUAAAAGUCCUCGGACGAAUACACCAUGGACACCCGCAGAAGAGGAGAGACUUCGACGCAUGAGAGAUAAUGGAGAUUCUUGGAGCAAGAUUUUGAAGACGUACCCAAAUAGGACAGGGGAAAGCCGGGUCACUCGGUCAUCGACAAGGUCAGACCCAUCACUUGCGGAGAGUGCCCCAUCCAAGUCCUCCCAAGCAGGACCCAAGGCCGAGAAAACAGGGCGUAGCUCUGUAGCAACCAAACAUGAGAAAAAUAAGGGUGCAAAAUCAUCCGCUCUAAAAAGCAAGGUCAAAGUAGCUACGGCGCAAGACAGUGUGAAAUCGGAAGGAACGUCGUCCAAUGUCACAGUGCUCACCAUCACCUCCGACGCGGUCAAGAAUCCCAUCCAAUGCCAUAAUUACGCCUCUCCGAACUCAAACGAUCCUUCUCCUCAAACUCUAAUCUUCACCCACGGCGCAGGCGGCACACUCUACGCCCCAGCUGUUGUAAACUUCUGUGCCGGCUUCUCCACUGCCGUGCCCAUCCUCGCAUUCCAAGGCUCGAUGAAUCUCGCCUCCCGCGUCAAAGGAUUCCACGCAUGUCUAGAGCACCUCGAACGCAGUCAAGGCGAAUUGGUGCUCGGGGGAAGGAGUAUGGGGGCGCGCGCAGCUGUCAUGGCCGCAACCGAGUAUCUGAAAAAGGAGAAGGCAGGAAGUGGGAGCACCAGCGUUCAACUCAUUCUUGUUUCGUACCCGCUUAAAGGUCCCAAGGACGAUAUCAGAGAUGAAAUUCUGCUCUCUCUUACCGCAAAUGUCGAGGUGCUCUUCGUCAUUGGUGAUAGGGAUGCGAUGUGUCCGCUCGAUCUACUAGAGUCUGUGCGAGGCAGGAUGAAGGUGGAGUCGAAGCUUAUCAUUGUGAAGGGUGCAGAUCAUGGUAUGCAUGUCAAACCUGCGAAGCGGGAGAAGGAAUUCGGCGAGGAGACAGGAAGGUUAGCUGCAGAGUGGGUUGCAGGGAAGAUGCACGAGGGUGUGGUUUAUGUCGGUGAGGAAGAUAAUUAA